AUGACUUGCGAUAGCAUGAUUGCUCCGACGGAUCCUCAGAUGGAUCUUCAGAUGGAUCCUCCGAUCGAUCGUUACGCGGCUGAACGCCGUCGCUUAAAAGCAAUGUCCAGACCCUUUCUCAACGACGAGCUCAUGAGGGGGCCGCCCCGAUUCCGGGGCGAAGACUACAGGCAACCGCGGCUCCGCCGUUGCACUUUUGAUCCGAAGACGAUUGUUUUCGAGUGUCGACUUGGAGGCGGCGACGACGGCUUCGUUUGGAAGGUCAGAUUCAACGGCGCCGGACCGUUCGCUUUGAAAGUUUUUUGGGACCAGGUGCCUCCCCGGGAGUUUGGGUCGUACUACCCGAUGCAGCGCGAGUGCCAAAAUGCCGCCGUCCUCCAGAUGAUGGGGGCCGCCCUGACGAACGCCGCAGUGCUGAUUUGCGAACGUCCCCUUGGAAGAGUGGACGCCAAUGACAACUAUUUCGCAUUCACCGAAGAAAACGCCAUCGCUAAGCUUGGUGUGAGUGCAGACUCGGAGACGCUGCCUGAAGGCGCCAAACUGAUCACGGAGAUGCCACGCAUGGUCGAAUGCUACGGCUGGAUCAAGUUCCCUAGCGACAUGUUGGAAGGACUCUCCAGCAACAUGCAGGCCACGCACGACGACCCGCACAAGGUCAGGAAGCUCGUGGGAAGCCAUAUGGACUGCAUCGCGAUUGUCUACGAGUUCAUUGAAGAGGGCCAAAACAGCAUGGUGAAGGUGGGCAAGGUGGACAACUUCCUCUGGUAUGCGGGCUUUGCCUACGCGAACGAGCCGGAGGAGAAGAGCUGGAGGAGCAGCGUCUUGGUUGACCACUCUGAGAUUGUUCACCUUCGUGGAUAUGGGUGGAAUGAGGAGGAUUACAUGGACAGGAGUGCUGAGCAGAUCAUUACCGAUGUAGACUAUGUAGACUAUUAG